AUGGCAGUAGUACCUAAUACACCUAAAUUUGUCUUACUAGGAUGGACAACCGUUGCUGUUUCUGCUUUGGUUGCAUAUACAGUUGGGAAAGAAUACACAUUGAAUCGCUUGAAGGAUUAUACCAAAGAUAACUCUGUUACUUCAAGUGGAGGUCAUGAUAUACAAGAAGCACCCAAGGAAGGUGAACCUCUGCGUCGUUCUGUUAAUAGAAGACUCUGA